CUACCUGAGCCCUCCACUCCUGACACCAUGCACUGCAACAACUUCUCCGGUGCUGUCUUCCCAGGAUGCUACUGGGGCAGCUAUGGCUACCCCUUGGGGUACAGCGUGGGCUGUGGCUACGGCAGCACCUUCUCCCCAGUGGGCUAUGGCUUCGGUUACGGCUACAAUGGCUGUGGGUCUUUCGGCUACAGAAGAUACUGGCCAUUUGAUCUCUACUGAUGUGUUGAAAUUGCCGAGGCAUAGAAUCUUCUCUCCCAAGGCUGAAAGGCGCCCCUCCAUGUCUCUCCUUUACUUCCUUCUUUAGUCCUCCUUUGCUCCAAGACGUACCAGUCACCGCU